AAAAAAAAAAAAAAAAUUAAGGGGAAAUUGUUACGUAUUUGUUAUUCUUUCAAUUCCAAAGAAUCGGCAGGAUUUUCUUUUCUCCGGGACUGAGGAUAUAAUUUGUUCCAUUUAUUAUAUCCGGUCUGCUAAUUGAUUGUGUUAAUUUAAUUCGUAUUUGUUUAAUUUAGUUAAACACCGGUUUAACAUAAAAAUGUCCUGGUUAGGUGGCGAAACUGUUGCCGCCUUUUUCCACAACUUCCUUAAGUAAUCCUGAUUGCGCGCGCUUUCUUAUUUUAUUUUAUUUCUGUCAAUUGUUCAGAAAAUAAAUAAAAAAUUGAUCUUUAUUUGAAAAGACUAAAAUAUGCUGUACCCAGAUAUCCCAAACCGGUCGUGCUGGGGUAUUUACGUCAUUUAACGUUGUAGAUCCCCAAUAAAGAAAGGAUUCUAAAAUAUCAGUACUGCCUCCUUGUUGUUUAUCCAGAAACUCCAAAGGUUGAAGCUGAAACGUCCACCUAUUUCCGGGCCCACAACCCAAUUUUUUCCUUGGGCCUCAUCACGGCAAUCUGAACCGCUCGUUUUUAAAUCCAACGGUCGAGAAUAAUUCGGUCACAGUUAAAGUUUGAUUUAAUAUCAUAAACCCUAGGAGCAACCCAGUAAACUUCCUCCGCAGCUAUCGUCGCCCCCACCCUGCAAAAACACUCACAAGCGAGACGUGAAAUCCAUAACUCGAAAAAAAUAUCCUAAUAGAGAAAAAAAAUUGAAAAUUAAAGGGGAAAAGUUCAGAUCUUGAAGAUUGAGGAGUUAGGGAAACCUCGGUGAGAUGGCGGAUUGAAGAGUUUCUCUGUUAGUAUGUCUGGUUCUAUGUUAAGAGAUAGGUAAAUUUCUGUGUACCAUUAGUUACUUGUUCUUUGGGAUGAAAAGUGGGUCUCUUUAAUUUUUUUUCUUUUUUUCCCCUUAUUUUUUUGGGUCUUUGAGAGAUGAUUCUUUAAGUUUGUAUAUAGUUCUCUCCUCUGGGGUGGUGUUGGUUCACUGCCUAGUUCUUGCCGUUGGUGUUGAAAGUAAAAACCUGCAGUGAAAUUAUUUGUUGUUUGCACUGAUUUUGAUCUUUCUCCUCAAAUUUAGUUUGAGCGGAGUGGGAUUCAAGGGGGGCUUACGGCCACUUUCUUGUUUUCUUUAUUCUUUUUCUUUGCUCUUGGAGAGGGGGCAUGUAUUACUGGACGAGUUUUGGUCGGAACUAAGGUGUUGCUUGGUGUACUACCUUUAAGUUGUGAAGUUUGGCCUGUGAAUAGAACAAAGUUUGUUUUGUGUUCUUUACUGUGUAAAGAUCCGGUCUUUAGGUAGGUGCUGAGUGAGACUGUUUUUGAACUAGUUGGCUUCUCAGUGAAGGCAGCAAAUUGGCAAGGGGUUGGCCGGAUGUUUGAUUGCUCGACUUGGUUUUACUGAAGGUUUGUCCUUGGUAGUUUAGUUAUGAAUUAUCUCUGCUGUAGUGUUACUAACGGAGUUAAUUAGCCAAAUCAUCCUCAUCCUGGGCCACAUCCUUGCAAUUAAAACUCAAAAGUUUCCCCUUGCAGUGACAGACUUGGGCCUGGAGCCUUUUCAUUAUUGGUCUAGGGAAUCUUGAUUCCUUUCCUCUGCCCGUGAAGAGUCACAACCCAAUGCCUUCUGUGGGAAUGAGGAGGAGUACAAGGGUUUUUGGGGCUAGAGUGUUGAGAUCAGGGAGGCGAUUGUGGUCAGUUAAAAAUAACAAUGCCGAGUGGAUAGAACUUUUGGACAAUUCUAGGGAUGGUGGUGGUGAUGCAACCAAACGCAAGGAACGCGGGCGACAGGGAAACUAUGCUGUUCCUGAGCAGAAUAUAAGGGACAUGGAUGUUGACAAAAAGGUAGUAGAGCCAAUAUCUGAGAAUGUUGUCCCUGAGGCUGUGGUUGCGAAUAAUCAUGUUGGAAGGAGAUGGGGAAUUGUUUACACAAGGAAACGCAAGAAAGUGGAUUCUGGCGUUGCUGAUAUCCUACCUAGUGGAGACAAGAAGAGAUUUGGCAAGCAUUUUUCGAGAAAGAAAUUGAAGAAGAAAGUUGAACAGAAAGUACCUUUUAAAGCUUGUCAUUCAGAUGUUUGUUUGGUGGCAUCAGAAGGAUCAUUUGACAAUCCUGUGCCAUCACUAAUUGUAAUUGUUGACAUUUCUUUUUGUGACUGGGACUUAGUCUCCUGCCUUCUCAGUUCUGUUUUGAGGUAUAUUUGGAGAGCCAAAGUUGGGUUCCUACAGCUCUUUCCAUUCUUGAACUCAAAGACGAUUGGUCUGUCAUACUCUUCUCGUGGCAUCCGUUUUUUGAAGGACUCUAAGCUAGUUUGCCGUGGUCGUUGCAUAAUAUGGGGUUCUUGCAGUUCGGCGCCAGUGUUUUCGGUGGAUUAUUCUGUAAUUCCAUAUUGUUUUAUGUUAUUGAAAUCAAGGAUGAUGCUUGAAUUUGAUCGUCUGGCUUGUUCUAUUGGACAUAAUGUGGUGGAUGUGGUCGAGGAAGAUGAGGAUGAUGAAGCUACAUCGCACAUGUGUUCUGGAAGAGAAGUAAUUACUGAAACAGCAGUGGACAUAUUGAUGGCAGCAGCACCUACUGAUUGUUCUAGGAAGAUAGAUCUCAACACCUCAACCAGCUCGCAAAAAUGGUGUCCAAAUGUUAUGUCGAAAUCGGAAGGGUUGACCAAAACAGGGAGGGCUCUCGUUGAUUCGCUCAACCUGGUAAGGGGCCAAACUGAGGUACCUUCCUUUAAUGAUACUUCUAUUUCAGAGCCAAGUAUGCAAUUAAGAAGUGGUCACUACAUUCAGAGUAGGAGGUCUUCUAGAUCAAAGAGAGGCAGGCGGCCCACUUCCCUGGCUACCCGAAAAACUAAUUCUGUUUCUGUCUCUAGUCUAUUAAGCUUUAGGCAUAAUGGUACCAAAGUCUCUCCCACGAAACAUAAUCGUCAGCUAAGGAGUUCAGCUCUAAGGAAAAAAGCAGCGGCUCAAAUGAAUAUUGCAGCAAAAACCACACAAGUGAAAUCCAUAUCAGAGGGAUUAAAAUCAGAAGUUGAUCUGACUAGCUGCUCAGCUAAUGUACUGGUUAUGGAUUCAGAGAAGGGUUAUAGAGUGGAAGGAGCCAUGAUUUCACUUGAAUUGUCUGCUGAAAAACAAUGGAAUCUUGUGAUAAGGAAAGAUGGAACGCAUCAUUUCAGUCUUGUUGUGCAAAAAUUUAUGAGGCCAUGCAGUUUUAAUCGUUUCACCCAAUCGGUCAUAUGGAGUACAGAUAAUGAUUGGAAGCUAGAGUUUACUAAUAGGCAAGAUUGGUUGGUUUUUAAAGAGUUGUACAAGAUCGGUUCAUCUCGCAAUGCACAGGAAGCUGCUGAGAUGGUCAUCCCUGUUCCAGGGGUUCACGAAGUACCUGGUUAUGUGAACAACAUCAGUGUUUUCCUUAGACCCAACUCAUACAUCAGCAUGAAGGAUGAUGAGUUGAGCAGGGCAUUAGCAAGGAGGACUACGAACUAUGAUAUGGAUUCUGAGGAUGAGGAGUGGCUAAACAAGUUUAACUGUGAAUUUAGGGAAGCAAAUCCAGAUCAGAAACUCCUUUCCUCGGAGGAUUUUGAGUUGGCAAUUGAUGCUUUUGAGAGAGGGUUCUUUUGCAAUCCAGAUGAUUUUGCUGAUGAGUGUACAACUCCUCAAAUAAAUCUUAGUUUGGAAAGGAGAGUUAUAGAGGCCGUACAUGGAUUUUGGAUUAAGAAAAGGAAGCAAAAGAAAUCAGCUUUGGUUAAAGUUUUUCAGUUGUACCAGCGGAGGAGGACACAACAACUAUUACCAAAUUCUGUUCUUCGUAAGAAGAGGUCAUUUAAACGCCAAGGUAGCUUUUUUGGACGAGGCAAACAGCGACCUUUGCUACAAGCAAUAGCAGCCGAACAAGGUGUUUGGGAGCAAAGUGCUAUUGUCAAGGUAGAAGAAGCUAAAGCUGCAGCAAACAGGUCGGAGGGGUUGGCUGUUCUAAAGCGGCAAAGGGCUCAACAGCUAAUGGAAAAUGCUGAUUUGGCAACAUAUAAGGCUACCAUGGCACUUAAAAUUGCAGAAUUGGCCCGAGCUGUUCAAUCUCCAGACGCUGUUGCUCUCCUUCUCCCGGAUCUGUGACCAGUUUUAUUGUAUGCGGUUAUAGUUCUAUAGUGGUUUCGUGAGCAGAAGAGAAGUUACUGCCUCCUGGCCCUUCUUGUUUAGAAAGCCUUAUUCUUUUUUUCUUUGGUAUGUCAAACCAUUGGAAAGGGGGAGGCCAGUGUAAUUUUGUACAGAUUCCCAUUGUGAUGUACAUUUUGUAUUAUUAUCGCCUCAUAUUUGGACCUAUACAACUAUAGUUGAGGUUCAUCAAAAAAUCAGUAAAAAAGAAGAAAAGUUACAGUAAAGCAGCUUUAUCAUUGCAUUGUCGUAUUUGUGUGUUUUUUCAAAAAGUUAUAAGUUAUUUUCUUCGUGUCAAGAAAUAAUAUUAC